CUUCAAGCCUGACUGCCAGAAGUUCUCUGAGUCGAGUGCAGCAAGCUUCUCUUAUGGUGAUGUAUACUAAAGCUGGUUUUAUUUUAAGCUGGAUAUUAAACUGUUUCUUUAAGCUGAAUGAUUACGUAUUAAUUAAGUCUUUGUUAGUCAAUAAAGUUUAUAUUGAUUAUUUACAAGUACUUGAUGUCAGUGUCUUUCCCUUUCUCAAAUACUCAAUUCACUCAUCCUGAAUAGGGUUUUGGUGUCCAGCAAUAUCUUUAAAAAUAUUAGGGUAAUUGAUUAUUGCUUUUUGAAAUUGGCACUUCAUGAAUUUAAGGAUUAGGCACAACACCAUCAUUAUUAUUAUUAUUACUGGUAUUUAUAUAGUGCCAACAUAUUCCGUAACGCUUUACAAUAUUAUCAAAGGGGGAGAUUUAACAAUAAAUUAGACAAUUACAAAAACUAACAGGAACAAUAGGUUGAAGAGGGCCCUGCUCAAACCUUACAGUCUAUAGCAAGUGGGGCGUAAAACACAACAGGACAGGAGGUAGCAAUCAAACAAGGUGAAGUGAAGCAGAGCUGGAGGAGAGAAUAGAAUGCUGCCGUUUAGGAGAGAGCAACGGACAGGUAUGUGAGGUAGAGGUUACUCUGGGAGGUCAUAAGCUUUCCUAAAGAGAUGGGUUUUGAGGCACUUUUUAAAUAAUUGAAGACUAGGUGAGAGCUUGAUGGUCGUAGGCAGGCUAUUCCAAAGGAAAGGAGCCACUUGCGAGAAGUCCUGCAAGCGUGGGUUGGCCUUACGGGUGCGAGCAGCGGACAGGAGAAGGUCAUGGGCAGAGAGACCGAAAAGGGGCAUACCUGCGGAUCAGUGAAGAGAUAUAGGAGGAACUAGAAUUGGUCAGUGCUUUAUAGGUGUGGAUUAGUACCUUGAAUUGACUCUAUAGGAUACAGAAAGCCAAUGUAAGGACUGACACAGGGGAGAGGUGUAAGAGGAGCGACAGGAGAGGAAAAUCAGUCUAGCUGCAGCAUUCAUUACAGACUGCAGGGGGGCAAUACAACUUGUGGGAAGACCAAUUAGGAGAGAUUUACAAUAACCCAUACAAGAGAUUACUAGAGCAUGGACAAGCUCCUUAGUAGCAUAUUGCGUAAGAAAGUGGCGGAUGCGGGCUAUGUUAUUUUUUUUUUUAAAUUAUUUUUUUUUUUUGUGCAAAUAUAUGACACUACAUAAGCUAUUGCUUGCAGGUAUAACAGACAGUCAAAACAAUCGUGGCAUUUAGUAACGUUGCACUUUUUAGAAUGCAUUUAACUUUAUAAGAAACAAUAGUGGUAACAUCAGUGUGCCCUGUGGGUAUGAGUAGAGUGCAGUGCUGCGGUCUAUGUGUCUGCCCUAGAGGGUUUUGCCCCAUGCCGAUAGCCUGUGUGGGUAUAUUAGCGUGGUCCUUCAAGUGUCAGCUAAGGAGGGGGGUUGGUAAGAUAUGGUAUUUGCAUGUGGCUAUGUGGCAUGCCUUUGCGGUAUGCAUCUGCCUCUUAUUGUGGGUGUUUGUAGUGUAAUCAUAGUGUUUGGUGUUCGCAUACCUUCUAGGCUAAUCGGUUGUGUCUCGUUGGGGUGGUUAGCUCGUGUAAGGUGAGUAGCAAGUUAUGUCAAACUUAAACAUAAAGGGGGUGCGUCCAUACAUUGGAAAAAAAACACAAGAUAAACCCCCCCCCCCCAAAAAAAAACAAACAAUGCAGUAGUUUCUGAGAGGACCUGGAGAUACUUGGUAUACAUGACUUGAGUUAGUCUCUAACUUUGUAAAAGUCUCCAUAUGUGUAUAUGGUGGAAUGGAAAGGAGAGGAGAGUUCCCAUGGGCAGAUUGGCGUCUGCUUCCUCAAGUGGGCAAUCCGCCAUGAGAGGCUCUGGAGGGAUUCCGUGGGGCAAAUUCUCGGAUGGUAGCCGGGUUUAUCUGGGAUAGUCCCUGUCUAGCUGCCUGUGCUGCUUGCAGUAUGCUUGUUGAUUGCAGGUGUGUUUCAAGCUCUUGUUUAUCUUGCGCUUUGUAUAGAGUCCCGUUGUGGGUGAACAAUAUGGCUCGAGGAGUGCCCCAUCUGUAGGGAAUUUCCCUGGACCGGAGGUGGUGCAAGAGGGGUUGCAGAUUUUUUCACCAGGCCAAUGUACUCCUGGUAAGGUCUGGAAAUACGGUUAGUGAUGCCUCUUCGAACAGCAGGGUUUUUUUUCCCCUCAUUGCAUCAGAAGCGCGGUCUUGUCAGCCAGAGUCUGAAACCGCAGUAUGAGAUCUGCUGUCGCCGCCGUCGGUGCUCGUGGUGACUUCGGCAGUCUGAACAUCCCAUCCAGUUUCAUGGACUUUAUUUGUUUCGGUGGGAGCAGGACCCCAAGUAAACGCUUGAUGUAGUGGGGUAAGUCCGCAAGAACUACCGAUUCCGGUAUCCCCCUUAUUUUUAGAUUAUAGCAUCUCCUCUGGUCUUCUAUGGCGUCCAGCCUGUCGGUAGUGGUGGUUUGCCAUUGGGCUACAUCUGAGAUUUGUUGUUCUAGCGUCGUGGGUGCUUGAGCUGGCCUCUAGCUGUGUGAUUUUUGUUGUGGCCCCUUCAAUGGCCUUCCUGUAAUAGGCCAUAUCUGCCGGCAGAUCUUUGCGGAGCUCUGCCAGCAUUGCCUUGAGCUGGUUGGCUGUGACCGGGUCGUCGGGGGCUCAUUUCUGCAGUCCGGUGGGUGUCUGAGGGAUGCUCCCUCUAGAAUGUCUGUGGCAAAGUCUUCUGAGGAAUAUGAGGAGAGGUCGUCGGUAAGCGCCAUUUUGGACCAUGCAGCCUGCUGCGUGGUCCGGAGCAUUUCGCCAAUAUUUCUCCCAUGGGGGCUUUUUUGGCUUUUGCUUUUUUUGAUUUUCUGCCCAUGUUCUUUCUGCUCAUGCCGGUGAUGUUUGUGGGGACUUUUGGGCCCAGAUUCCACCAUAUAUCCCUGUGUUUUUAAAAGUCAGAGACGGAGUUCCAAGAAAUGUGUCCGCUCUGUUGCUCUGCUAGCGCCGCCCCCCACGCGCUAUGUUUUUAAAGUGGAAUCUACAAGAUUUGGUAACAGACUGGUUGUGAGGCUCAAAUGUGAGGGCAGAAUCAAGUAUAACGCCAAGACAGCGCGCUUGCAAGGAUGGACUGAUGUGAGUACCACUAACUUGAAGGGAGAGUGAAGGAGAAGGAUAAGUAUUAGGAGGAGGAAAGACAAGGAGUUCAGUUUUAGAGAGAUUGAGUUUCAAAAAGCAGGAGGACAUCCAGUCAGAGACGGAAAAAAGGCAAGCAGUGACACGUUGUAGGAUGGCAGGGGAGAGGUACGGGGAGAAGAGGUAUAUCUGAGCGUGAUACAGGUGGUACUGGAAUCCAAAUGAGGUAAUAAGUUUGCCAAGAGAGGCAGUAUAAAGAGAAAAUAGAAGGGGACCAAGUACAGAGCCUUGGGGGACUCCAACAGAGACAGGAUGAAGGGAAAGGAAGUGCCCUUUGGAUUUAACUGUGAUUAGGUUGUUAGUGACUGUAAGUCUCAGUAGAGUGGGGGGGCAGAAGCCAGAGGAAAAAGGGAGCAGGGAUAUGGGACGAUAGUUAGAAGAGGAGGACGGGUCAAGAGACGGCUUUUUAAAGAUGGAUACUACAGUAGCAUGUUUAAGGGCAGCAGGGACAACACCAGAAGAGAGAGAGCAGUUAAAGAUGUGUGUUAAGGAAGGCACAAUACAAGAGGAGAGUGAUCUGAUAAGGUGAGACAGGAGAGGAUCAAGCGGGCAAGUGGUGGGGGCGAGAGGAAAGGAGAAGCGCAGCCACCUUUUGUUCAGUAGCCUGGGAGAAAGUCUGAAGGGUAGGAAAGGCAUGACCCAGGCCUGGUUGAGAAACAGAGAGGCAAGGUGGUGAGAAUUCAUGCUGCCAAGUGCAAAGCCCCUAUGAUCUGUCUGCCCUUAGAGAGGACCCAUCAACACUGGUCUGCAGCUCCGACGCGUGUAAAGCUGCAGACAGUGAAAUUAGUGUCUCUAGAUCUCCAGCCAAUGAGCGCGUUGCCGCAGGUUACCACAGCAACACUCUGACACUUCUGGAUCUCGCAAGACACUUAGAACUUAGUCUGCAGCUCUGCAUCUUGCAGAGCCGAGACUGGGUAUCACAGCCACCGGACCACAUGCAAUAACUUUAACAAAAUAAAGGUAUUUCCGUGUGGGGAAGGCUGCUCACUGAAAAACAGCCUCCCCACACUCCUCCUAUUCAUGGACACUCCCCCUCCACACACACUGUCACCCCCUACAAACACAGUCUCACCCAAUGUAACUCCCCAAAAAUCUCCAAACUGCCCCGCCCCCAUCCUCUCCCCUAAAAUGAAAAUGUCCAUCUUUGUCAGUUUCAAAUGUUGGAAUAAUUAAUGAUUUAUUUGAAUAUAAGGGGUCAGGGGACAGAAGCUACAACUGGUAACGUUCUUAUUUUUGUGCCCAUGGUGAAACUGAUAACAGAAUUUCAGGAUCAGAUCUGCUGUGAUGUUUACAGUUUGUUUUCUGUUUUUUGUUUUUUAACACAAUUCAGUUACACCUAGCUACACAAUGUACAAUGUUUAUACAAACUACUCAGAAUUGCUUAUAACAUUGUACAUUUCGAAGCUAGUAUAGUAUCUCUGAAAAUAAUUAAUAUCUAUUAUUGUCACUAUUAAGUUCUAGCUGUAAUUCAGUUAACCUGACAUGCCUUUUAGGAAAACGUGAACUGUUUGUGUGUAGGAGGUGCUAUCAGUUUUAUCUUAGCGCUAACAAUAGUAAUACAACGCACAUAUUCCCACCUAUUACACACACAAACACACCUUUCAACUAAAGGCGUUUUGCUCUUUUAUGGAGUUUGCCCCAGCUGUCGCCCCGUAGCUACCUGUGACGUCACGAGUAGGUUCCCAGUACUGGCAGUUCGUAUAUUUGCCAGCACUCAGGCUGGGAGUCAGGGAGUGGGAGCUGUUGCUGAGCAUGCUGAGUGUGAGUGGCACCAGGAGCUGGCUAAAUGGCUUCUUUACUUUUCUGGGACAUACAAUGCAGCAAUAUUAUCCGGUCAACUGCUGCCAAUGUCUCCUGUAAUGAGAAGGCUCAAUUAAUGAUUAUUAUUAGUUAUAAUUAAUGCCCCAGAUUCCACUUGACAUGUGAGAUCAGUGAAUACAUUGAAUUGCAUUAUUUACAAAGAUAAGACACAAUAGCUAAAAUUAAAUGGGGCUUAAACUUCUCUAGAUUAAAGACGAAAACAGGAUGCAGCAGUAAAUGUAAUGUUAUGGUUCAUCUUUGAUGUAACCUCACAUACUGUAGUCCAAUGAUAUUGAAUAUUAUGCCUUUAACAUGAUUAUGAAUUAUUAUUUUCCAAAUGCUUUUAUUGUUUACAUUAUUAUGUGUGUAAAUUUGUAAUUGGCUGUAGCAUAAUAUUGUUGUUUUUUUUUUUUUUUUUAUUCAGUACACACAUUCUGUGAAUGAAUGUGUUGGAGUUAUGUCUCCAUUCUAAGAUGAUACUAUUUAUUUUUGACAUUUCUGCCACUGUAUAAGCGGUUCUUAACUUUUUUUUUUUCUGCUUUCCACUCUUUUGGAUUUUUACAGUUUUAGAAUCGUUUAACUGUUACUGUAUGUUUCUUAAACUGUUUUGAAAUGUACUCCUACCUCUGAUGCUCACCUUAAAGACUUUUCUAGGGCUGCACCGUUUCUAUGGAACCCCCUUCCCCUCUCUGUUAGACUUUCACCCAAUCUCCACUCCUUUAAAAAAAUCUUUGAAAACUUCUUCAGGAAAGCACAUCAAUUAAACUGUGAACUGCUUUCCUUCCCGACACCCUGAUUCCUCUCCUGAAACGGUCAUCAAAACAAAGCACUAAUCCCUCGAUGAAUACUAUCCUAGCAUCCUACAUUUCUACCCUACCCUUACCUUUUGUGUCACUAAACCCCACUCCCUCUAGCAUGUAAGCUCAUUGAGCAGGGCCCUCAAUCCGUUCCUGUGCGUCAAACUUGUCUGGUUACAAAUAUGUGUCUGUUAGUCCACCCAUUGUACAGUGCUACGGAACUUGUUGGCGCUUUAUAAAUAAUAAUAAUUGUAUUAAAGAUAUAAUCUUUGUGAAAUACUCAUUUUGACUGUAUUGGAAUUUCACUGAGGUUCCAACACAGUCAAGAGCUAUACUGAGACAAAAUAGGUUCUACUUUGUCUCUGUAUUUCGCCUCCGCCUGACUUUCUUAGACUCAAGGAGAGUCUAAGAGUUCAUCCCGACCAAUGACCGCUGCAGGUAAUUUGGCUGUGUCUAUGGAAUCAGGAUUCCCCAUAGAGCUCGAUGCUGUACUCUUGUGCAUGCUAGAGUACAGCAGUCACGUCAGCUUCAGGUGAUGAAGCACGAGGAGCAGAGGGAGGAAGCUGGUAGCACCUGCGAGGGGCAGGUUCACCGGAUCACCAGUGGCAAUGUCACCGGGAGUGGACUUUACGAAGUCAGCAAGGACCCCAGGCAGUGACAUUGCUACGUUAAAGGUUUGGUUCAAAAUACCAAAAAUAGUGGAGGGCAGAUAACAGGAAAGAUCCAUAACGAGAUCUCCACUCUUUCUGGUUGGAAGAUCCUGUGGUAUUAUCAUGACAACCUUUUUAGUUCAGUUACCCAUUCUUCAUUUCUAAUAUGAUGAAUAACACCGCAAAUUCUGUAAAACCUCUUCAUUAGAUUCUUCUAGUGACAAAGGGAUCCCCUUAAGUAGAAAAAGCAAGUGCUACUGCCGUAACAUUAUUGAAGGAAACUCAUAGUGUUCUUUUUCUCCAAAGUUGCCUUACAGGGGAAGACCGAACUGCUAACAUCAAACAUUUUAUGAUGUCCUUUGAAGCAGAAGAAAACAGUGAAUCCUUGUUGUGCAACAGAUUGUCACACAUUUCAACGUUUGAUUCUGACUGUCAGUGUCUUAAUAGUUGUGAUAAUGGUCAGCUACUGCUAUCAAAUUGUGAAUCAGAGGGUUCGUCACUGGAAACAUCUGGACAGCCAAGCAAAGAACUAAUUUCCAUGAAAGCAGCACCUCUGUCCAGAGAUACUUGUAAGGAAGGCAAUGACCAAAGAACUGAAAUGGACUUGUCAGACGAAGAAGUAGCUAUCCGUGAUCUGUCUUCGCUUCCUGUUGAGGAUGAUACAGAAAGGAGAGUUCUAUGCACACGAUGCAGGUGAGAAUUGCUUUGUCUGAACAUAUCAAUGACAUUUACAGGAGAUAACCACAGUAACUUAUGAACAUGGUUUACAACCAAGUGAUGGUGAAUUUUAUUUUUCAAGAUCAAAUAGCAGUUUUUCUGCAGAACUCAAAUAACCCCUAAAGUGCCCAG